AUGCCAAGAGAUCCGCUAGUUGGCUUGGUUGGGAAGCCGUCCAGUGGAAAAUCUACGACAUUGAAUAGCUUGACAGAUGCCUCUUCCAAAGUCGGAAACUUUCCAUUCACUACUAUCGACCCCCAGCGAGCAAUUGGCUACCUCCAAAUAGAUUGCGCCUGUCAGCGGUUCGGCGUGAGUGAUAAAUGCAAGCCAAACUACGGUGGAUGUACGGAUGGGAAGCGCUCGGUUCCCAUUGAGCUUCUGGAUGUUGCAGGUCUGGUUCCGGGGGCGCAUCAAGGACGAGGCUUAGGGAAUAAGUUCCUAGAUGAUUUGCGUCAAGCGGACGCCCUAAUCCACGUUGUUGAUGUCAGUGGGACUACAGAUGCAGAAGGAAAGGCUACACGAGGUUAUGAUCCGUCACAAGAUAUUGAGUGGUUGAGGUCAGAAAUUGUGCGGUGGGUGCUAGGAAACUUGAUGCAGAAAUGGGGAUCAAUUAAACGAAGACACAUGGCAAUAAAGGCAACCGCCAUGGAUACACUACAAAAUCAAUUCUCCGGGUACGGAAGUACGCCGCAAACUGUCGCAAGAUGCCUGGACAAAUUAGGGCUCAAAGAACCACUCGAAGAAUGGUCAGAUGAGACCGUGGAAAAAGUCGUACAAGCAUUCAUUGACGAGAAAUUUCCCACGGUUUUUGCUCUUAACAAAAUCGACCAUCCUGACGCAGAUAAGAAUAUCAGUAAGAUUGCAAAGAUGCAAGAUCCGCAGAGCAUCGUCCUCUGCUCCGCCAUUUCCGAGGUAUUCCUUCGAAGACUUGCCAAGCAAAAUUACGUCAAAUAUACAGAAGGCAGUGAAUUCGUAGAUACGAGGGAAGACCUUAUCGCGGACGGGGAUCCGGAUGGGGGAGGCCUCAGGGAAAUGGACGAGAAGCUGAAAACCCGUGUGGAAAACUUGAAAGAUAUGGUUCUCUAUCGUUUUGGGUCAACUGGUGUCGUGCAAUGUCUUUCGCGGGCUGCCGAGGUUUUAGGGCUUGUGCCCGUCUUCCCUGUACGAAACCUACACACGUUCUCGUCAGGAGCCGGAACUGCAGCAUUCCGAGAUUGUGUGUUGGUCAAAAAGAAUAGCACUGUGGGUGAUGUUGCGCGGAAGGUCAUGGGCGAUGUACCCAUAUCUUAUAUCGAAGGUGUGGGUGGCGUCCGUGUGGCGGAGGAUGAGGUUGUGGCAGUAGGGAAACACGAUGUACUCUCAUUCAAACCUGGACGAUAG